AUGGCGCAAACACUGCCAAUACAAGAGCCUAGCCAGCUAUCUCCACUUGAGUGGGUGAUGCCACGGUCAUACAUUAGCCAAAUCCUCUGCUUCCCAUCAAUAAAUCCUCGAAUAUCCGAAGUCCUCCGAGAUGGCCUCGCAGGUACGCUGGCAGAUGUCCCGUAUCUCGCCUCUAGGAUAGUGGCUCGGACCUAUCCAAAAGGAUCUGUUGCUUUGAGCCAACCGUGUGACUCAUUGAGUGACUUGUUUCGUGUCAAAGUUCUUGCUACGACUGUUGACUACGACACCUUGAAGGCGGGCGCCUUUCGACCUUCUUUAUUUGAUGGGCUGGAUCUAUUUUCGGCUGACAUCAGCUCUGCCAACACGUCUCCCAGUCCGGUCUUUCGUGCCGUCUUAUCUCUUGUGAAGGGAGGUUGUCUGCUCUGUAUCAGUCUGAAUCACUCAACGGCCGACAUUACUGCCUUUGGCGCACUGUUAAAGAUAUGGGCGUCACAUUGCAGGACAGGUUCUUCUGAAGACAUUCAGUUUAGCCAAAGCUGGUUGGAUCGCACCUUGAUUGUCAGCAACUCUCAUAGUGCUCCAGCUGAUGCACCGCUUCUUCUUCACAAAGAAGAGAGCAGCCCAUCUAACCAGCCAUCAAAGCCUGUGGAGGUUGAAACGCAUUUUUUUAGAUACUCUGCAGAAUAUCUGAAAGGUUUAAAGCUUGAGGUUAACAAGCAUCUACCUGAUGGGAUCUCCUGGGUAUCAACUAGCGACAUUCUAACUGCUCUCCUUUGGGGCUCAGCUAUUUUUUCUGAAUUUUCAGAUGAAAACAACGAUGCUGUCAGCGAUAUUUGCUCCAUGCGCAUCGCUGUAAACUGUCGCAGUCGCUACAACCCACCUUUGCCCAAGGAUUACCUCGGUGCCGCUUUUGGAGUGUCACUGGUGAAUGCAAAGAAAGCCGAUCUUAUCGACAUUGGAAGAGCAAGUGGACAGGCAUAUUCUAUAUCAGCAAUUGCAAAUGUUGCGGCUGCCGUACGCCAAAGCAUCCACGUCAUAGACGAAGGCAAAAUGAAUACCAUUGUCAAUCAUCUAUCUGCUCAGGAAGAUGUGACAGGUCUUAAACUUUGCCAACAGCCGGCAAGCAUCUCCAUUGUCUCCUGGGCUGAUGAAGGGGUUUAUGAGCUCGAUUGGGGUAUUGAACUAGGAUACUGCGAGGCUGUAAGACUGCCAACCUUCAAGACCAAACGGUAUCCAGUGAUAUUUCCCAGACUUCCAAAUGGCGAUCUUGAGGUUCUCGUUAGCUUUGAUCAGGAGUUGCUGAAUAGGUGGAAAGAGGGAUAUGAUAUGAGCCCGUGGAAGGCCUAG